AUGGAGUCUUUGAAUCAUCAGGAUGAGGUCUUUGAAGAGCAACAAGACGUCGGGCCUGCACUGCCGCCACCUAGAGCGAAUCAAGCAGAGCUUAUCGAUGAGAACAAUGUUGAUUAUGAGAUUGUGAACGGAAUUCCAUGUUAUCAACCGGAUCAUGUGAUCGAUGGACAUGUCAAAAUUUUCGAGAGAAUCGGUUACGACGAUAAAGUUGGAGCCACUUUCUUUGGUCUCGCUCCUGACGAAAAGGAACUUGUUGUUCGCGUUGCUCCAGUGGACGCCCUGACUCAUGUCGUUCGUGCUGAAGCAGGAUUCUUGUGUAAAGUGGAGGCAGAACUCCAAGAUUGGCGCCUUUUCUCUCAAGUUCACAAAAUUUUCAUGACUGAUGAUGCAUUCCAUAUGACGUUGUACUUCCGUGGAGGACCAACUUUGGAACAGUGUUUCGAAAUCCGUAAUAAGUUUACCUAUGGAACGGUCGGACGUUUGGCGACGGACGUUCUCAAUAUCAUUCGUUGCGCUCAUAAACAUGGUUACCUUCUCCGAAAUGUCAAUUUGGACUGUUUCCAUUUCGACGCAGCUAGUCGCCAUCUUUUCAUGGGAGACAUUUCAUCUCUCGUGAAGAACAUUCAAUCGGAAGAUGGAGCCCCAACAGCUUCUUAUGUUGGAAUUCUCGAUUACGCUCCUCUCAUUCAUCACUCGGGAGGCAAAGUCGGAGCUCGUCAAGAUCUAGAAUCUUGGUUUUAUCAAACAAUGCAUUUGGUUCUUGGACAACUGCCAUGGAGUUCCUCGAGCUAUAAGGAAGCAGGUCAAAAGAAGGGUGAAUUUUUGAAGAGUGAAGAGUUCACUACUUUGCCGGAUGUUUUCCAUAAAAUUGCCGAAAUCGUGUUCUCUAAAGAGAAUUCGGUUACUGAUGAUGAAUACGGCAAGCUGUCAGAACUCGCGGAACAAAUCUACAAGGAUCUCGGUAGAAUUACUGAUCACGAAGAAAACAUGGAUUUUGAGCGUGAGCCGACACCAGAGGAAAUUCCCCGUUUUGUGAUGUGCCGUGACGAUGAAAUUCCAGCAAUUCCAGAAGAAGAGGAACCCGAGGAAAAUGAGAAUCAAGAGGAAGAAGAAACCAACUAA